AUGAAAUUCGUCGUUUUGCCGAAAAUGGUCGGCAAAAACUCGCGUCGUCCGCGCCUUUUUUUUCUUCUUCUCCUUCUUCUCAUCACCUACGCGAUUUCGCUUCUUCUCGUCGCCCGCAAGCCGCCGUCGAUUAUAAUGGACGAGGCCGAAUUUUUUCGACGCCUUCAUCGCGACACAUUCAAUAAUUCGCUGUUGCGCACCGUCGACACCAUUUGCACCAAUCGCGGGUGCACAUUUGUGGUGGACAAAUUGGCGAAGGGACGAGGCGGCGAUCAGUUUGUGAUACGCGUCACGUCGUCGAGGCCCGAUUUGCGCGAUGGAAUGGCGGCCGUCACGAGGCUUCUCACACCCGAACGCAAAACGAUUGAGAAUCUCGACACGAAGAAAUGGAAAAUCGAUGUGUUCGCAUUGGAUCCCGAAUCGCCCAACGGCUAUUUUGUCGGCGAAUUAUUCAAAAACGGCAUUAUUCCGCCGUCGCUUCUCACCAAUGCCAACAUUCUUCUCAUCGGCAUCGCCACCGGCGGAAUUCAAUCAUAUUUGAGUCAAAAAUUCACGAAUAUGAACGUCACCGGCGUCGAUAUCGAUCCGUUGUCGACGGUGAUUCCGCACAAAUGGUUCGGUUAUGAGGAACGCGAGAAUAGAAGAACCUUUAAAGGGGUCCUCCUUGAUGCUUGCCAUGACGUCAUGAAGAAGGAUGAGCUGAUGUGUCCGUCCGCCGACUUUCUCAAACCGGCCGUAAUCAAAGAAUUGAGCAAAGCCAUUGGAAAUGAUGGAAUUUUUGUUAUGAAUGUUGUUCAUCCGAGUUUUGCGAAAUCCGGAUAUGAAAAGAUUUUGAAGAAAUUUGCGAAAUAUUUCACAAUUUGCAAACUUGAGACCAUGAUGCUAUUACUGAAUAACUAUAUUGUUUGCAAAAACCACGAAAAGCCGCCGAUUUCGACGACGCCGCUAGAAGUUGAGCGAUUUUUGAGUAAAAAUGGAAUACGACCGAUGAUGGCGCACACAUUUCUCGCGUUGCGUCUCACCGCGAACGGCCGUCAUCGUGGCGGCAAUUGGCGAAAUUUGAAUAUUGUACCGCGAGAAACUUGCGCCAUGUCACUUUCAGCCAACGGCGGUGCCCCAUACACACUCGACGACUUUCUCAAACUCGAGAAAAUCGGAGAAGGAACCUAUGGCGUCGUCUACAAGGGACGAAACAAGAAGACAAAUGCGAUGGUGGCGAUGAAGAAGAUCCGAUUGGAAAGCGAAGACGAGGGCGUCCCAUCAACGGCAGUUCGCGAGAUUUCGCUGCUCAAAGAGCUCCAACACCCGAAUGUUGUUGGUCUCGAAGCGAUCAUCAUGCAAGAGAAUCGCCUCUAUUUGAUUUUUGAGUUUCUCUCAUCCGAUUUGAAGCGCUAUAUGGAUCAGUUGAAGAAGGAUGAAUAUUUGGACAAGGCCACUGUACAAAGCUAUCUGUUUCAGAUUUUGCAAGGAAUGUGCUUCUGCCAUCAGCGUCGCGUGAUCCAUCGCGAUCUGAAGCCGCAGAAUCUGCUCGUUGACGCGAAGGGCGCCAUCAAAUUGGCCGAUUUCGGAUUGGCGCGCGCCAUCGGAAUUCCGAUUCGCGUCUACACGCACGAGGUCGUCACGUUGUGGUAUCGAGCGCCUGAAGUGCUUCUCGGCGCGCAGCGAUACUCGAUGGGCGUCGACAUGUGGUCGAUCGGUUGCAUUUUCGCCGAAAUGAUCACCAAAAAGCCGCUGUUCCAAGGCGAUUCCGAGAUCGACGAGCUUUUCCGCAUUUUCAGAGUUCUAGGCACACCGACCGAAUUGGAAUGGAACGGCGUCGAGAGUCUGCCCGAUUAUAAGCCGACGUUCCCAAAAUGGCGCGAAAACUAUUUGGCGGAGAAGUUCAUCGACAAAAAGACGGGAAAGAAGAUGAUCGAUGACAACGGAUUCGAUUUGUUGCAGUGCUUCUUGAUCUACGACCCGAAUGAUCGAAUCAGCUCGAAAAAGGCGCUCGUCCAUCCCUACUUUGACGACAUCGACACGAGUUCGCUGCCGGCCGGCAAUUUCCGAGGCGAAUUGCAAUUGAAUUGA